ACAAGAUAAUACAAUGGAGCUUCAGCAUUCUGUGGGCGCGUCAUAUAAGUACUCGCUUUUCGUCACUCGAGAGCUGUUGUUGUUAGCUGCUUCUUCAGUUCAGUCGUCUCUUUGUUGUUAGCUUCGGACGGAGAAAUGUUGGCGGUUUGCGAGAAAUCAAUCGGGAAACCACCGGAGGAGCUCAGUCUUCCGACUGUGGGUCCUCAGAAGAGCAGAACCCGGACCGAGAUUGCUGAGGUUUUCCGCUCCGCAAGGCCGGAGUCGACAGUUUAUAGCCUUCCCGGCGGUAAUCUCAUGGCUUUGUCUCACCAAGACGAAAAUCCUCUGCAUCCAAGGUCUGUGGUGGUAAUGGACGAUGUCUUCUGCAUUUUCAUCGGGAAUUUAGAGAACAUCUCCGACCUCCGGCGACAUUACGGCCUGUCUAAACAAACAAACGAAGCAAUGCUAGUGGUGGAGGUCUACAAAGUUCUGAGAGAUCGUGCUCCCUACCCUUCCGACCAAGUCAUCAGAGAUUUCGCCGGGAAAUUUGCAUUUGUUCUCUUCGAUGCCAGAUGCCACAUGCUUUUUGCAGCCAGGGACCGGGACGGAGGUGUGAAAUUUCAGUGGGGCGUGGCCGGAGAUGGGUCCCUUGUCUGCACCGAUGAUCCCAAUAUCAUGUCGGAGGCUUGCGGGAGGGCUUCGGCGCAGUUUCCUCCAGGAUGUAUCUUCAUGAAUUGGAGUGGACUGGUUAGCUUUGAUCAUCCGCUUCACAAGGUGAGGGCAGUUGCGCACGAGGACAACGAUGGAAAUAUCUCUGCUGUAAUUUUCAAGGUAGACUUGUUUACGCGACUCCAGAGCAUUCCACGCACCGGCAGCGCUGCCAAUUGGGCGGAUGUGAAGGUCGUCGAGGCAUCGAGUGGGAAUGAGUGACCCGCCGGAGCCAUAUUCAACUGCCAGAGUCCCAGAUGUUGCCGGUCGGUGGAAAAUGAACGGUGGGCUCUCUCCCGAUGCACUAAUAUCAUGUAGAAAGAAUAUAUAUCCCAUCCCAAUUCCCAAGUUCCCAACCCUUGUUCAAUGAUUAUGUUGUUUGGAUAUGUAAGAACCGUAUUUGUUAAAUCUUGACAUUUUGAUGCAUAUAAAUAAAACUUUCUAUGAUUCUAUCA